GUAGGAAGACGUCAGUGGCACUGAGAGGAGGGGACCUUCUGCCAAAGGGGGGACUCUAGGUGGGAUGGGGACUGGCUGUGUGAGAGUCAGUAACACCACUGCAGGCCGAUUAGGUUGGACCCCUGACUGUCUUGUGACAGAUGUGCCCGCGGAUGCUUGCGUUUGGGGGGAAAGGAGUGCACUUGAGACUAGGAAGAGGGCUGGAGAGGCUGUCUAAGGUGUAGGUUAGGCCUUUAGAAAAAUUCCUAGGAAUUUUGGACUCCUGUGUCCCAAGGACUGGGCGUUAAGGAAGCGCUGGGGAGACCUUGUCUUGACCCUCUGACCUCAGGACCACCAGGGCAGCUGCAGCCAGCCGCAGGGAGACCCCUACUGGGGCUGGGCGGGACCAGCGACCACUGCCAGCCUGUAUAUCCCCUUUGGCCCCCCGCCCAAACGGGAGCUGGAGACCAAAGCCCCUCCUCUGGCUCAGACCACCCUGCCUGCCCUUGCGCCCCUCUCUGAAACUCUUUCAGGCCCCGUGACCCCGAAACAAUCGGCCCUGGGCAGCUAGCUUUGGGGACAGAAUUAAGGAAAGGAGACCCCGUAGACUUUGAGGGUUUUAGGGGACUGGGGAACUGGGGUCUUUAUGGUACAGCUCUUCCCAUCCAGCAGAGGGAGAAGGCUGGGAGGCUUCCUGGGGGAGAUGUAAGAGCAGGAAUGAGGGUGGUUUUCCCUAGGGGCGGGGUCGAGACCCCCCCCAUUAUUUCCGCGGCAUCCCCACGCGGCGACUGACCCCGCCCUUGACGUCACUAGGGGGUUCCCGGGGGUCUGGAGGGGUUAACCCUUAGGAAGCCGACUGGGAUGCUCAGGAACCUAAGAUGUCUUUAAGUAUCCACACACACUCCUCUGGGACGCGAUGUUCAACUCCAUGACCCCACCACCUGUCAGUAGCUAUGGUGAACCAUGCUGUCUCCGACCCCUCCCCAGCCAAGGGACCCCCAGCAUGGGGACAGAAGACAUCUCUUUUCUAGGUCUGUCUGGUCUGCCCUUCUGCCACCAAGCCAACCUCAUGUCAGUCCCCCACAGUUAUGGACCAGCCAGAGAAACCAACAGCUGCACUGAGGGGCCACUCUUUCCUCCUCCCCGGAGUGCAGUCAAGCUGUCCAAGAAGCGAGCGCUUUCCAUCUCACCUCUGUCAGAUGCCAGCCUGGACCUGCAGACAGUCAUCCGCACCUCGCCCAGCUCCCUUGUGGCCUUUAUCAACUCACGCUGUGCAUCUCCAGGAGGCUCCUAUGGCCAUCUCUCCAUUGGCACCAUGAGCCCAUCUCUGGGAUUCCCACCCCAGAUGAAUCACCAGAAAGGGGCCUCACCUUCCUUUGGGGUCCAGCCCUGUGGUCCUCAUGACUCUACCCGGAUUGGGGUGAUGCCACAUCCUCAGUCCCGGGGACCCCUCCCAACUUGUCAGAAGCUGAAGUCAGAACUGGACUUGCUGGUUGGCAAGUGCCAGGAGGAACCCUUGGAAGGUGAUAUGUCCAGCCCCAACUCCACAGGCACACAGGAUCCCCUGUUAGGGAUGCUGGAUGGGCGGGAGGACCUGGAGAGAGAGGAGAAGCCUGAGCCUGAGUCUGUGUAUGAGACUGACUGCCGCUGGGAUGGCUGCAGCCAAGAAUUUGACUCCCAAGAGCAGCUGGUGCACCACAUCAACAGCGAGCACAUCCAUGGGGAGCGGAAGGAGUUUGUGUGCCACUGGGGGGGCUGCUCCAGGGAGCUGAGGCCCUUCAAAGCCCAGUACAUGCUGGUGGUGCACAUGCGCAGACACACGGGUGAGAAGCCGCACAAGUGCACGUUUGAAGGGUGUCGGAAGUCAUAUUCACGCCUUGAAAAUCUGAAGACACACCUGCGGUCACACACGGGUGAGAAGCCAUACAUGUGUGAGCACGAGGGCUGCAGUAAAGCCUUCAGCAAUGCCAGUGACCGCGCCAAGCACCAAAAUCGGACGCAUUCCAAUGAGAAGCCAUAUGUGUGUAAGCUCCCUGGCUGCACCAAACGCUACACAGACCCCAGCUCACUCCGAAAACAUGUCAAGACAGUGCAUGGUCCUGACGCCCACGUGACCAAGAGGCAUCGAGGGGAUGGGCCUUUGCCCCGGGCACCAUCCCUUUCUACAGUGGAGCCCAAGAGGGAGCGGGAAGGAGGCCCCAUCAGGGAGGAGAGCAGACUGACUGUGCCAGAGGGUGCCAUGAAGCCACAGCCAAGCCCUGGGGCACAGUCUUCCUGCAGCAGUGACCACUCCCCAGCAGGCAGCGCAGCCAAUACAGACAGCGGCGUGGAAAUGACAGGCAAUGCAGGGGGCAGCACCGAGGACCUGUCCAGCUUAGAUGAAGGCCCUUGCAUUGCUGGCACUGGACUCUCCACUCUUUGCCGCCUUGAGAACCUCAGACUGGACCAGUUGCAUCAACUCCGACCAGUAGGGCCCCGGGGUCUCAAACUGCCCAGCCUAACCCAUACCGGCACCCCUGCAUCCCGCCGUCUAGGUCCCCCAGUCUCUCUUGACCGCCGCAGCAGCAGCUCGAGCAGCAUCAGCUCUGCCUAUACUGUCAGCCGCCGCUCCUCCCUCGCCUCUCCUUUCCCUCCUGGGUCCCCACCAGAGAAUGGGGCCUCUUCCCUGCCUGGCCUCACGCCUGCACAGCACUACUUGCUCCGGGCAAGAUAUGCUUCAGCCAGAGCAGGGGGUACCCCACCCACCACAGCACCCAGCCUGGAUCGGAUGGGGAGUCUUCCUGCCCCUCCUUGGAGAACCCGAGCUGAGUAUCCAGGAUACAACCCUAAUGCAGGGGUCACCCGGAGGGCCAGUGACCCAGCCCGGGCUGCUGACCGCCCUGCUCCUGCCAGAGUCCAGAGGUUCAAGAGUCUGGGCUGUGUCCACACACCCCCUUCUGGGGGUGGACGGAAUUUUGACCCCCAUCUCCCAACCUCUGUCUAUUCACCACAGCCUCCUAGCAUCACUGAGAAUGUCACCAUGGAUACUAGAGGGCUACGUGAGGAGCCAGAGGUUGGGACUUCGGUUAUGGGCAGCUCCCUGAACCCCUAUAUGGACUUCUCAUCUGCUGAUACUCUGGGAUAUGGGGGAACUGAAGGAUCAGCAGCUGAGCCUUAUGGAGCUAGGGGUCCAGGUUCUCUGCCUCUUGGGCCUGGCCCACCCAACAACUAUAGCCCCAGCCCCUGUCCCCAACAGGUCACCUAUACUGGCCCUACCCCAGGAACAUGGGCCGAGUUUCCUUCCCACUCUGGGCUAUACCCAGGCCCCAAGGUCACAGGUGGCACCUAUAGCCAGUGUCCUCGACUUGAACAUUAUGGACAAGUGCAGGUCAAGCCAGAACAAGGGUGCCCAGCGGGGUCUGACUCAACAGGACUGGCACCCUGCCUCAAUGCACACCCUAGUGAGGAACCCCCAUGCCCACAGCCUCAAUUCUCCCACUAUCCCCAGCCUCCUCCCCAUCAAUAUCCCCAGUCAGGUUCCUACCCUCAGCCACCCCCCGAUUAUCUUCCUUCAGAACCCAGGACUGGCCUGGAUUUUGAUUCCCCUGCUCAUUCCACAGGACAGUUCAAGGCCCAGCUAGUGUGUAAUUACGUUCAGUCUCAGCAGGAGCUACUCUGGGAGGGUGUGGGCAGGGGAGAAGCCCCCGUCCAGGAACUUCCCUACCAGAAUCCCAAGUUUCUGGGGAGCUCCCAGGUUAGCCCAAGCCCUGCCAAAGCCCCAGUGCCCUCAUAUGGAACUGGAUUUGCACCCAACUUGCCCAAUAACAAGCCAGGGUCUUACCCUACCCCUUCACCAUGCCAUGAAAAUUUUGCAGUGGGGGCAAACAGGGCUUCCCACAGGGCAGUGGCACCACCCCGGCUUCUGCCUCCAUUGCCUACUUGCUAUGGGCCCCUCAAAGCGGGAGGUGCCAACCCCAGCUGUGGCCAUCCCGAGGUGGGCAGGCUGGGUGGGGGUCCCGCCUUGUACCCUCCUCCAGAAGGGCAGGUAUGUAACCCUCUGGACUCUCUUGAUCUUGACAACACUCAGCUGGACUUUGUGGCAAUUCUGGAUGAGGCCCAGGGGAUCAGUCCUCCCCCCUCCCAUGAUCAGAGGGAUACCUCUGAGCAUACCCCAUCUCCCUCUGGGCCCCCCAACAUGGCUGUGGGUAACAUGAGUGUCUUACUGGGAUCCCUACCUGGGGAGACACAAUUCCUCAACUCUAGUGCCUGAAGGGUAGAGAAUCUUGUCCAUCAGAUCUGCAUUUCCUAAAGGGUUUCCAUCCCUCCAGAGGAGUUGGGGAGAGGAGCCAUAGCUCUCUGCAUAAGAUGCUCCAGGGAUGAGAAAUAAGGGCUGGGGCAAUAUUUAGUCUGUAUAUGUUUUGGGGAGGAACUUGAUAAUGACACUGUUUCCUGAUAAUAAAGGAAGUGCAUCAGAAAGAACUGCUUCAUGUGUUAUCUCAGGAAAGGAAUAAGAAAAGAAGGGGGUUCAACCUCCCAUUUUCCUCUCCAGAGAGUUCCCCCUACCAGAUCAUAACCCCACACAUCAGACCCAGGGAGAUGGAGAUUGUAAU